UCCCCGCGUUCCCGGCGCCCAGCACCCCCCGCCCCGGCGGCGCCUGGCCUGAGAGCCUCGCUCGGAGAAACCCGGGGGCCGGUGGACAGACGAUCCGCAGAGACCGCGGUGUGCCCGGGGCAGGUGCGGUGCCGCGAACAUGGUGGCCAAGCAGCGGAUCCGGAUGGCCAACGAGAAGCACAGCAAGAACAUCACCCAGCGCGGCAACGUCGCCAAGACCUCGAGAAAUGCCCCCGAGGAGAAGGCGUCGGUAGGACCCUGGUUAUUGGCUCUCUUUAUCUUCGUUGUCUGUGGCUCUGCAAUUUUCCAGAUUAUUCAAAGUAUCAGGAUGGGCAUGUGAAGUGACUGACCUUAAAGAUGUUUCCUCUCCUGUGAAUUUUAACUUGAACUCAUUCCUGGUGUUUGAUACCCUGGUUUAAAACAAUUCAGUAAAGCGUCCUGCCUCCGAACGACGUUCCUAUCACCCUUCACGAGUCAUUCCAGCCUUUCUAGUCCAGACCACAGUGCCUUGCAAAAGCACCACAUGAAUAAAGCAAUAAAAUCGGAUUAUUAAGUUCCAGUAGUCGGCCCUACUGAUUCAGUGAAGAAUGAGUCUUGUGGUAUUGAAACAAUGUGCAGUAUGAUUAAGUAGUUGAGAUCUGUCUAGGCAGGGUAUAGAUUUUGGUGACCCUAAUAUGUAAAUGGAAUUAGCUUAAUUUAAAUCUUGGAAUCUUAAGGUUUUAUAUGACUAGGCACUUUUUGACUCUCAAGUGAAAAGCACAGCCCAUAUAGGGUCAUGUAACUGUCCUAUAAUCAGGUGCUUAUGAAUGGACAACUGCACAGCCUAGUUUUACCACCAUUAUCACCUAGAAAUUUCUAAAAGCUUCAAAGUCAUGAAAUACGCAGACGCUUACUGCCAAGUCUGUUUUAACGAUAGUUCCAGUACACUACCAUGGAUUUUGCAUGAGUAAGUAAGUAACCUAAGAUCUCAUUUUAAAAACUUGGUGUUGAGCAUUUUGUAACCUAAUCACUGAUUGUGGUUUCAUUAAAAGUUUCCAUGGCAGGGGAGGUGGAAGGUUUGCUUAGACCACACUGAUUCCACCAGGGUGAAUGAAUUUAGCAGUGGGGUUUACUAUGCUAGAUAAAAAUUUUAGGGGAAAAUACUACUAAAUGCCUUAUUGGGACGUGUUGAGUCCAGCGUGCCAUAAGACAUCUUAACAUCUUUUAAUACCAAAAAAGGCACAUCAUAUAAAAAGCUUCCACUUUCCAGAUUUAUAAUUGCAAUGCCUUUGGGUUACUAGGUGUCAGUCUGAGUGGUGUUUGGUAUUAAAUGGGUUUACUGAGAAGGGUCAGUCUUCCUUGAUUUUAUAGUUACGAUUGAUCACAUUUCCUUUUUACUAAUAGGGUGAGGGUGAUGAGUUUUCUGGUACUUUUGACAGCUGUUAAGAAUUGCCUGUGUCUGUCCUUAGCCAGGGAAGAACCACGCAGAGACGUCGGUGAGGAGCUGGGAACGUCUUGCCUGUUUGCUUUGUGCAUAGCUUGGGGUAACUCUUGAAAUAGCUGCUGCAAUAGGAACAGAAGGGAGGUUUGCUACCUAGUCUGCAAACAGUGCCAACCUCGUGGGGGACUUCCCAUCCCUCAUGGAGUUGGGGAAGGGAAGGAGGUCAAAGGUACACAGGAACCUCAGCCUGGGGCAGGAAGGACACGAGCUGGAGGCUCUGCCUCUAACCCACUUACCUGCCGCUGUCACCCAGUCAGUCAGUCCCUCUUUGAAGCAGGUCUUGGUUAACUAAUUCUAUUUUACUGUAACUUUAGGAAUGGAAAGCUAUUACUCUAGGUUAUAGCCGGUGCCUUACUUGCUUUGAAUCCGAUCAUUCCAGAGCACCCCUCUGUUUACUAUACAUAAUUGGCUUUGAGGUGGUUUUGUUUUCUAAGCGUACAAAUUUUUGAUUGAUCUGUUAAAUUGCUGUAGCUGGCAAUCACUUCACAUUUGUAAAAGUGCAUUCCCUUUGUAUUUCAUGUGUAAUUUGCCAAUUGAGUUGUAUUUUCUAUUCAGGUCAGAUUAUGCAUGUUUGGGAAAAUGAAAGCUGUUUCUGUUUGAUUAAUGGUUUAAAAAUAAAGUUCCCUGAAUGUUUGA